UAAUAAAUGCAAUUUUCUUUUUCUUUUUUCGUUUAUCAUAUUCCUCUUCCCGCAACCGUAACCAUCCGGAACUCCUUCUCCCUCCCCUGCCCCGCCUCUUUCUCCGUCGGUCUUCCCUCCAAUCCAAAUAUCUCCGGCGGAAAUCUAAUCCCUCUUCCAUCUCUGCCGUUUCGGCGGAUAUCGAGUCCUUUAUCUCUCCAUCUUUCUCUCGGUGCCGUGAUAUACGUGGACUCUAUCACCAUGACUCUUUCUUCAUUUGCGCUCUCCGUCGUCCCAACGGCGGCCGCCGUCGCCGUUUACUGCGUUGACUCGAUUGCUUCUCUCUGAUUUUUUUUCCCUCCUCCUUCAUGCAUCCUUUCAGCUGUACCUCUACUGUAUCAGACAACUCCCCGACUGCGAAUCCCCUGCCCGAUCUUCCCAUGGCCAUCACCGCCAGAUCCGACCCGACGCCCCGAUCGCCCGCCGCCGCUCCGAACCACAUUCACUUGGCGGAUCAUCUUCAAAAUCAUCAUCAUCGUCAUCAUCUUCACCACCACCGUGCCACCGCCUCCAUAGAUUCGGUCAUCAGCAACGGCGGCAGAAACAGCCACCGGAUAUCUACCCUCGCCAAUUCGGCGUCGGGGAGGGAGCAGCCGGUGGAUGUCAAGAUCAACGACAUAGUAGGGAACGGGAUUUCCGGGAUUCUGUACAAGUGGGUGAACUACGGCAAAGGUUGGAGGCCGCGGUGGUUCGUUUUGCAGGACGGCGUGCUGUCCUAUUACAAGAUUCACGGGCCUGAUAGGAUCGCCGUCAAUCUGGAGACCGAGAAAGGAUGCAAAGUCAUUGGGGAAGAGUCCGUCAGGAGGAUUUCCAAGGCCGAGAAUGGAACCCCCAACCAGCAGAGGCGGAAUCCUGUUGGCGAAGUUCAUCUCAAGGUGUCCACGAUUCGAGAGAGUAGAUCGGAUGACAAGAGGUUCUCGAUAUUCACGGGGACUAAGCGGCUCCAUCUAAGAGCUGAGACGACUGAGGAUCGUUUGGCAUGGAUGGAGGCGUUGCAGGCUGUCAAAGACAUGUUCCCUAGGAUAUCUAACAGUGAAUUAAUGGCUCCCGUGGAAACCGUGGCUGUAUCAACGGAAAAGCUGAGGCGGAGGCUUGAAGAAGAGGGUGUUAGGGAAGAGGUGAUUCAGGAGAGUGAGCAGAUCAUGAUGAGUGAGUUUACAGCUUUGCAGAACCAGAUGCUUCUGUUGAAGCAGAAACAUUGGCAACUCAUUGAAACACUGCGGCAGUUAGAGGCUACUAUGGUCACCAUCCUUGCUGCUUGGACUGGUGGGCUGGAUAUUCCUGGUGAUUGCAGUAGACUCAGUCGAGUUGGGACAGAAAAAGUUGAUCUGGAGAAUACGGUUGUUGAUGAGAGCCAAAGACAGAAUGAUCAAGGUACAUCAUCUACGACAACUCAAGACAAGUUUAGUGAUGCCAGUGCAAGUGGAUCUGAUGAUAAUGAAAGAGUAGGUGCUGCUGAGGAGGAAACAGAUGAUGAGGAGAAUAUCUUUUUCGAUACUCGUGACUUUCUGUCAUCGUGUUCUUUCAAAAGCAAUGGAUCUGAUUACCGGACAUCUUCUUUCUCUUCAGAAGAUGAAGGACUGCGCGCUCUUGAGCCAGAUGAUGAGAUUGACUCUUCAAUUAAGUCUUCUGGUCUUAAUUAUCCUCAUAUUAAGCGCCGUAAAAAGUUACCAGAUCCAAUUGAAAAGGAAAAAGGUGUCAGUCUUUGGUCAAUGAUUAAGGAUAACAUUGGGAAGGACCUCACAAAAGUCUGUCUACCUGUUUACUUCAAUGAGCCUCUCUCCUCUCUUCAGAAGUGUUUUGAAGAUCUGGAGUACUCUCAUCUCAUUGACAGAGCUUGUGAAUGGGGAAGAAAGGGUAACAGUCUGAUGAGGAUUCUUAAUGUAGCUGCCUUCGCGGUUUCUGGAUAUGCCUCAACAGAAGGAAGAAUCUGCAAACCGUUUAAUCCACUAUUAGGUGAAACAUACGAGGCUGAUUUUCCUGAUAAAGGACUUCGUUUUUUCUCCGAGAAGGUCAGUCACCAUCCAAUGAUUGUAGCAUGUCACUGUGAGGGGACAGGAUGGAAGUUUUGGGGAGACAGCAAUUUGAAAAGCAAAUUUUGGGGUCGCUCUAUACAACUUGAUCCUGAGGGUCUUUUGACAUUAGAAUUUGAUGACGGAGAAGUUUUCCAGUGGUCUAAGGUUACAACGUCAAUAUACAAUCUGAUACUGGGGAAGCUAUACUGUGACCAUUACGGUACAAUGCGUAUAGAAGGAAACCGAGACUUUUCGUGUAAGCUGAAGUUUAAGGAGCAAUCCAUCAUAGACAGAAACCCUCACCAGGUACAAGGAGUAGUAGUGGAUAGGAGUGGGAAAACUGUAGCAACUCUAUUUGGGAAAUGGGACGAGAGCAUGCAUUAUGUUCUUGGUGGCGGCAAGGGCAAAGGGUUCGAGCCACUGGAAGAAGCUCAUACACUGUGGAGACGAAGCAGCCCACCAAAGAUCCCUACUAGAUAUAACUUGACCCGCUUCGCCAUAACAUUGAAUGAGCUCAUCCCAGGGCUCAAGGAGAAGUUGCCACCAACAGAUUCAAGGCUAAGGCCCGAUCAAAGGUACUUAGAAAAUGGGGAGUUCGAGAUGGCGAAUUCUGAGAAGUUGAGGCUGGAACAGCGCCAGCGCCAGGCACGGAAGAUGCAGGAGAGGGGUUGGAGACCGCGUUGGUUUGCCAAGGAAAAUGGAAACGAUACAUACCGCUACAUAGGUGGAUACUGGGAGGCGAGAGAGAAAGGGAAGUGGGACUCCUGUCCAGAUAUUUUCGGUCAAGUCCCCGCUGAUCAGCUUCUCCUUGACUAGUUACACUACUUAAUGCCUCUCCACUACUUGGGAAUGGCCGACGGGUUAUAUGAAAGAGGGGAGUCCCUUGACGUCCGAUGUAAGUAAGUAAGAAAAUCCCAUUAUUUCAGGUAAAUAGAGAAAUCAUUUCUUCUUUCCGUUAUGCCGAAAAACACUCCCCUUACUCAUGUGAUCUGAUAUCCUUCAUCUCGUGGUUAGAGCUGCACAGAGAAAGGAAGGUGAAAUCUGUUGCAGUUUCUAUUUUAUGUGUUAGGUUUUCUUUUCCACAAGGAUACAAGAGGAAUGUAGAUGAUAGGAAAAGCCAGAAAUGAAUCAUCCAUCUGAUAUGUUUGUUCUCAAGUGAGUAAAGGAGAAAAGAGUUGUUUUAUUUUGUUUUUUUUAAGUGUUUUGAUGGAAAGAGAUUGCUGCUGCUAUCUACAGAUCAGCAGUGGGCCUGGCAAUGAUUUUGAGACUCGUUAUUGAUGGAUUCAUUCACAUGGCGGAAGCUGGAUAUUUAUUGGCUGGUUUUUGGGAAUGGGAAAGGCAAACAGUUCUAUGAUGAACAGAGGUUUAGAACUUGGUCAAAUCUAACCAUAUAUGAGCGGACACCGACUUCGCUUUAUUGGCAAAAGUUCAAAUCUAUCUUUCUGCAAAUGUAAUCUGCUGCUUCAAUAUAUCAAGUCGUGCUAUGGAGAAGCUACUGUGCGUGAUGAAUCACGAUAGUGGAAUCAACGGGGCUUUUUGAAUUGACAUGGUUUGGUUUGGUUUGAUAAUGAGCAGAGGAAGUAGAAAUUGGGCACUCAUUGGUCAGAUAUCCUUUCACCUAUAGCUCACUUGAAAGAUAGUGCAUGAAUAAAGAACACACCGUUUUGAUCUUCGGUUUUGUACAAGUGUAAUUACAAGGAAAAAGGUGACACUUGUCUAGCUCAUAUUGGUUACCGUUAGCAACAAUUAGCUUUACUCAGUAAUUAGCUUCUGUCUAUAUAAACUCAUCAAUGGAA